AUGGCUAGUGGUGCACCAGGUGGAAAUUUCAGAGCUUGGACCCCUACACCCCCAGAGAGAGGUUCUUUCCCCUUAGAUCAUUUUGGAGAAUGUACUGAACAAAUGAACCUGUACUUGAAGUGUCUCAAAGUCACUAACAAUCAAAAUAGUCCCAAUUGUAGAGUUUUAGCUAAGCAGUAUUUGAGAUGUAGAAUGGACAAUCAGUUGAUGGACGAAAGUAACUGGGAGUCGUUGGGAUUGAUAAAUCUACCGGAUGAGAAACCCAAGCUUCAACAGGAAGACAAGCCAGAGCAGAAUCAAAAUACUCGAUAA